AUGAACUCAUUGAUUUGUUUCUUUUUGGUGGUUUUGAUUCUAGUCAAUGGAAUCGAUUAUGGUUUCUACAAAUCAGAAAAGUUUCUGAACUACUCAGCAAAUGUGGAUAAAUUGUAUGAUGAGCUUAUCAAUAGACGAAAGUACAACAAGGAAUUGGCUCCAAUUUAUGAAGAAACUGAUGAAAAUUUGAGUUUUGUUAGCUCAAUAGACAACUCUUCGACCGCUUUAGAAGUGUAUUUUGUUGUCGAAUACAUUCAAAUCUUCGACUUGAAUGCUCAGUCACAGCUCAUCAGCGCAUGCAUGCAACUUCGGGCUACUUGGUUCGACUACCGAAAAACACUCGAUGACAUAAUGCCAUCUGCCGCAAAGACACUAAAGAUCACGAGCGAUGGAACGGUGCUGAUGGCCACACCUUAUUAUUUCGAAGUAUCUUGUGAAAUCGAUAUCACCACUUUCCCGUUUGAUAACCAGACUUGUCUAUUGCCAAUUUUGUCGUACGCUUAUGAUUCAACCGUGAUUAAGUCGAAUGGAACGAUAAAUCAGGAAACUGUUGGCGAAGCUCUAUCCGGAAUUGGAAACGGUGAAUGGGAAUGCACAGGGAUCUCCGAAUCCUCUUAUCAAUUCGCUGAUCAACAAAUAUUUCAAUUAUCUCUUCAACUAAAAAGAAUCCCAAACUACUAUGUUUACGUGAUUGCCUUUCCCUGUUUCAUCAUCACUCUGCUCUCGGUUUUCGGAAUGUUUUGGACUCAAAGUCUUCAAGAGGAACAAUUGGCAAAGCUUGGUAUCGGUCUCACGAGUUUGGUUUCAAUGACUGUUUUGCUUGACCUUCUUUCGACAUCAAUUCCAAAAACCGCUGUGUUUCCAUUGCUUGGAAUCUACGUGGUUUGCUGUGUGGGAAUCAUUGCCGGAGCUUGCAUCCUGAUAAUGGUUCUCUCAGCCGAAACCCCGCAGAAACAAUUCAAAAAGUUUGGAGAA